CCGUGAGGGUGUAGAGCCAGCUUUUAGUAUUCGACACGUUGCGGUGAGUGUCACGAUUGUAAGAUCACGACUUUACCUUCGGUUGUUUGUUAGUGUCAGUCGUAGCAGUAGUUAUGUGUUUCUAAACUUCGUAGAACUUCACCCACUCAUGUAUCAUGAUAGAUAUUCUGACACUCUUAGGAACCGAAGAUCUCUGACGUCGUCAGGUGUAGUGAGGCCCGUAGUGCGAUCCAACACUACCAUGGUGCUGUCAAGAUCAUCAUCAGACAAAGCAGUUCCCCACCCUCACUCUAUCAUCAAAGAGAGCGUGUUGGGCAGCACGACGAGGGGGUCGCGGCUGGUGAGGGAGGAGCCGAGGAGGGUCAGAUUUGCUCUGCCGGAAGAGAGGAGAUCGUCAGUGACAUCUGGAGUGGUAAUACCUAGUCACGGCACCAGGUACCUGCGUGGCACCCUGGCAGGCCCCGUCCCCGCCACUUCCCAUCAUCCUCCGCUGCUCUCUCAGGCGAGGGACAGUGACGAGGAUGGCCUCCGGGACACUCUACGUCGAGCAUCUGCCUCACCCCUUCCCGAGCCUACCAUCAACUACGCUGACUCCUCAGGCAGGUUUCAGAGGAGACUUACAGAAAAAGUGUCUAUGACAGCCCUGAGUUACUUGGCUUCCAAUGGCCCUGUGUCUUUACUGGAGAGUUUGCUGGCUAUGGAGGGAGUUGAUGUCAACAAACCUGACAAUGAAGGAAACACACCUCUCCACUUCGCUGCACAAGCUGGUCAGGUAGAAUGUGUCAAUUAUCUGCUAAGUCGUUGCCCUAUCAUCGAGGUCGACGCAAGAAAUAACCUCGGCUUUACUCCGCUGAUGAAGGCUGCUAUACAGGGUCGGACUAAAUGUGCCAAACUGCUACUCUUUGCUGGAGCCUCUCCUACGAUGAGGGACACAGGACGGGGUCUACGAGCAGAGCAGUGGGCGAGAUUCUGUGGCCGUUACGUGACGGCUGACGUGAUAGAGAAACUAUCCCGCCACCGCCUGCUAGAGCGCACCACCGCCUACGGUCGCUGGGGCAGCGAGCCAGAGCUGGGACCUCACAUGGUACACGGUCGUCUGCAACCUCCAGCAAUAACUGCCCUAGCACAGACACACCAAGGGAGCAUCAAGUCUCGUCUCAAAAAAGCAUUCCGCACCUCUUCUUCACCCAGUAACUCCUUCUCGCUUGUCACACAACUGACGACGGCAGCACUGUGCGCUUCCACUCCUGUCCUCCCUGACCCCAAUAGGGUUCCGCCCGUGGUAAAGUCACUGAUUCGCCCAUUGGCUGUUCCCAAGGUACAGGUGAUUCCCGAUGACUCCCCAAUCACUUCAAAGCCUUUGUGACACAAGCAGAGGAAAAGACACGAUUUUCCACCUCUUCCAAAUCGUCAUUGCCUUGUUUGAAUUAGUGAUUAGAUUGUCUACUUGAAUAAUUAUGUACAAUUCAAUUCAACUUAAUAGUACGUUACUCGGUGAGGUUGGUAAGUUAUCAAUUCCCUAUUUUGAAAAUUACCAUACAGAGAUGAUUUAUAAAUUUGCUUGUAAGACGAAGGGCUGUAAGUACAUAUGAUAAGCGUACUUCAUCUAAUUCAUCUACUACUACUAAGAAGUAUGUAUUUCUGUCAUAAUUUCUUAAACCUCAAAUGUUGAUCAAAAUGUAAAAUGCAUGUAAUCCAACGAGCAGCAGGAAAACUCCUGAUUUAUAGCUUGUGCGAUCUUUAUAAUUCAUACCUAUAAUUACAUUCAAACAAAAAAAAUAAUAAAAAUAAAUCCAUAAAUCUUUUAAAGUCUGAAAUUAGUUAUCUACUGAACUAAACGUACUGAUAAGUAUUGAUUUCUUCUCUAUAUCAAAUAGUGUGACUCUUGUGAUCGUAUUGUUACAAUAUUUUCCUAAAUAUAGCACAUAUACUAGUAAUAAUAUAUGAUGAUAUAAAUGUGUAUAUACUUAAGCAUCAAUUACCUUCAUUUUUAAUAUUUCUAUAUUAAUAAGUAUG